UGCUUAUUUUAUUUUCCAGAAAGCAAUGUGUAUGAAGGAACACUCGCAGUCGUCAAAGGCCUGACCUUCAAUCCUGAUCUGGAAAAUCCACAGACCGUCAUGUAUACCAGUGUUUCGCAAGACAUUGAGGAAUCGGUAAGCAAGUGUUUAAAUUUGUGUGUUUUUUUUGUAAUUCAAUUAAUGUUAUUUUUUGUGUGUGUUUUGAUGUUAUGUACUCAGGUGAAUAUAAUGUUUUUGAUGUUACUUUGAGUGUAGAUCCACACCGGGCAGGCAUAACUCAUUGGUAUCGAAGGUACUAGACUCAGUUCCGAAAUACCACACACUCGAACAGACUUGGCCUCGUAGUUCAGUUGGCAGUGCAUUGGACUAGUAUCCCAAAGGUCGCGGGUUCGAUUCCCACCGUGGUCAGGCUAACUUUUCAGCCUGCCCGGUGUGGAUAUACACUCAGAGUAACAUAAAAAACAUCAAUUAAUUAUUUAGAAUCAGAUGGGGAUCCUAGUAGACCAAGUUGGUGUUUGUAGGGAUUUUUUGUCACAGGCCUUUCACCUCUUGACUAGGAAUCGAUUUCUGCAAUGUGUAGGUGUCUGAUUAUAUAAGUCAUUCACGAGUAGGGUAUUUCCAGUUUUACCAAACACCACAAGUUUGCUCAGGGUUCCUUCUGCACUGCAAGGAACAAUAGGAAUGGACCUUACUGGACCUUACAGGACCAAUAAGACACCUUAGGAUUGCUCUAAACUGUUCUCCUUACUGGACCAAUAAGACACCUUAGGAUUGCUCUAAACUGUUCUCCUUACUGGACCAAUAAGACACCUUAGGAUUGCUCUAAACUGUUCUCCUUACUGGACCAAUAAGACACCUUAAGAUUGCUCUAAACUGUUCUCCUUACUGGACCACUAAGCUAAAAUAGAGAGGUUCAGGUUUGACUAGCACUCCUUCUCACAGGCGUAAUACACAUUUGAUUGGUCAAUCUAGCAGAUUAAAUACAUGCAACUGAUUGGUUAAUGGUAACGGAAGUCAAAAUUUGAAUCUCUGUAUAAUAAGUUGUUUAAGAAGUACCUUAAUAACCACCUGAUGCUCUCUUUUCUAUUGUGUGUUGUUUAUUUUUUACUGGAUUGAAUUGCCUAAUCUUAUCAUUCUCUUGACCACGAAUGACAUUUACUAGCAAAGCUUAGAAUUUAUUAUUUAAUACAUGCAAUAUCACAUACCGAUUUUUUUUCUACCACAGAUCAUGAAGUUGGUGAAUGACCGCCGUACUACUGAUGAUACAGCAGCAGAUAUUCUAGGUGUUCAAGUAUUCGACUAUACGUAAGUAGCGCUUCGAAUCCUUUUUAAUAUUGUAAUUAUACCAACGCCUGUGGCUUAGCAAGAGAAAGCUUGCUAGUUUAUUGUAGAGCAAAUUCAAAUUAAAUAGAUAUAGGCUUUGAGGUAGAUUGUCAAGUGAUAGUUAUGGAAUUUUGGAACACAAAGAAAUUAUUCUCAUAAAGUUUGCAAUGAAGCUUAAUUUUGAAAUGCUUUUUUCAAAUUAAUGGCCAUUAGACGUAUCGCGAAACCAGAAAAAUGCCCGUUUUACCGCACUUCUGGUUUUGAAAGCUUCUUGAAUCAUUCUUGCAACUGCCAAUCUUCGAAUAAAACAACUUGAAGUUUCUCUCUGUCAAAAUUUUUCCAAACUGGUGUUUUUGUAAAUCUUAACAGUAGAUUGUACUAUCCGAUGUUUGCACAACCGACUCCAUGCAGAACUGUUAACUGAUUGAGCUCAGUGCCUAUCCCCAUCUCUUGCGUGCCAGCCAAGAACAGAACUUUGUAUAGUUAUAGAUGAUAUGUAAUUCUAAUUUCUGUUUCUGUUUUUCAGGCAAGGAAGUGUUAUUGUUCACUUGCUGUUUUAUGUGAGACGGGCGAGCACAAUAAACAUGGCACACAUACAAAUAUUCCUCAACGCCAAUAUUCCUCUCAACGACGACGGCAACCAAACGCUGAGUGACCAAUACGUGAUAAGGACAGUCAGUGUUUUUGGUAAGAUAGCUGUUUUAUUUGACAAAUGAAUUAUUCAGGUUUUGAACUGCAGAAGAAUGUCAAGGACACGAUUCUAAUACGAAAUAUUCUCUUCCUUGUUCCUUUUUCACAACACACACAUCAUGGCCAGUAUGGUGACCGUGUGUGUUGUUGGUAAAAUUUCACAUCACUUUCACACCUGAGACAGUGUUUCUUGUGCAUAACAAUGCUAUCUAGUCAUGUUAGUCAAGUCAUGUUAGUCUAGUCAUGUUAGUCUAGUCAUGUUAGUCUCGUCAUGUUAGUCUCGUCAUGUUAGUCAGGUCAUGUCAGUCAAGUCAUGUUAGUCAAGUCAUGUUAGUCAAGUCAUGUUAGGCCCGUUUCAGACGGCGUACUUCUCAUGUGCCGAACUUAAUUGAUUAAUUAGGUACGGCAGAAGAGCGACGUAUGAAUCAAUUAAGUACGGCAGAAUUUGGAGCGGCAAAAAUUCGACACAAGUUCGGCAGAGCUUGUCGCAUUAUGCGACGUUGGAGCGACGUUGAUUCAUACGCCGUUCCACUCAUGUGCCAAACUUAACUCAACUUUAGUCUAAAAAUAAACUUAUUUAUUUUGAAUUUUAUUGAGGUUUCGCUGGCGAAUGUGCCCUAACCUUGUCAAUAACAUAGUAUUUGGUACGCCGUUUGAAUCACUGCCGUUCUUGUGUCGCAUCUAAUACAAUUAAGUUCGGCACAUGAAGAGUACGCCGUCUGAAACGGGCCUUAGUCUAGUCAUGUUAGUCUAGUCAUGUUAGUCUGGUCAUGUUAGUCAAGUCAUGUUAGUCUGGUCAUGUUAGUCAAGUCAUGUUAGUCAAGUCAUGUUAGUCAAGUCAUGUUAGUCAAGUCAUGUUAGUCAAGUCAUGUUAGUCAAGUCAUAUUAGUCUAGUCAUGUUAGUCAAGUCAUGUUAGUCCAGUCAUGUUAGUCAAGUCAUGUUAGUCAAGUCAUGUUAGUCAAGUCAUGUUAGUCAAGUCAUGUUAGUCUAGUCAUGUUAGUCAAGUCAUGUUAGUCAAGUCAUGUUAGUCAAGUCAUGUUAGUCAAGUCAUGUUAGUCAAGUCAUGCUAGUCUAGUCAUGUUAGUCUAGUCAUGUUAGUCUAGUCAUGUUAGUCAAGUCAAGUCAUGUUAGUCUAGUCAUGUUAGUCAUGUCAUGUUAGUCAAGUCAUGUUAGUCAAGUCAUGUUAGUCUUGUCCUGUUGGUCAAGUCAUGUUAUUCAAGUCAUGUUAUUCAAGUCAUGUUAGUCUGGUCAUGUUAGUCUGGUCAUGUUAGUCAAGUCAUGUUAGUCUAGUCAUAUUAGUCUAGUCAUGUUAGUCAAGUCAUAUUAGUAUAGUCAUGUUAGUCAAGUCAUGUUAGUCAAGUCAUGUUAGUCCAAGUCAUGUUAGUAUAGUCAUGUUAAUAUAGUCAUGUUAGUCAAGUCGUAUUAGUCAAGUCAUGUUAGUCUAGUCAUGUUAGUCAAGUCAUGUUAGUCAAGUCAUGGUAGUCUAGUCAUGUUAGGCUAGUCUAGUUAUUUUAUAUUUUACCCAAUAGAGUAGGGCGUACCAUGCAUAGAGUCGAGGCCCCGUAAAAUACACAAAUGCAAAAAUAUUAUAAAUAAAGAUUUAAGCUGAAUAGUACAAAAAUAUAUCGAAGUAUAACAAGUAAUAUACUGUAACAAGUCAACGAAUAACAUUACUAUUUAUACGAACACUAGCAGCACAAAAUGUUACUGAAUUCAAGAGACGGGCUUGAUGACAUUUGACACAUGGAGGUUUGAAGUCGUGUCAUAAAAACAUUAGAAGUUCAUUUGGUGUAGUAUACCGUUUAAUUUAGCUAUAUUUAUUUUCUUUAGAUCACAACGAUUGUACGUUCCAACAUGAUAUCCUGCCUAAAGCUGAUUGCGGCGGAUUUGGAGAGUGUGUGAACGUUGUUGGCAGAUACAGAUGUCACUGCACAGGUGACGUUAAUACACAAAGUGGGGCAUGUGUUCCGCCAACUACUUUCGAUAAUCUGCUGCAAGCAGUACCAGAAGCAGCUGAUGAUGGUGAGUAAUAAUUCUGUUACUUUGGCUUUGUUUCGUGAGCACUCUAAUCAUUGGUUGGAAGUAGCCUUUCAGUUAUAUGUUCAUUUCAGUGGUGUAAACAGCCGAAAUUCUUGUCCAACGUUCUUUGUUUUAGGUGUUUUUGUUUUUUACUUAUUUAGAGCUAAUUUAAGACAAAAUAUGUUUGCCUGGAAUCCUUCUCGACGAUAUUUUUCUAUUCGGAAUUAGAGCGAGAAAAUCGCCAGAUAUAUAUUAUGUACAGGGGAAUGGCUUGAAUUAAGAGUUUAGUAAAAUUUUAAAACAUUUGAACACAGAUACUUGCUGUAUUUCAACAGAGCACAUGUCUAUGUCGUUAAAACACGCAGAACAUGUGAUUUUCAAAAAAUAGUGCAUGGAGGUAUAUAUUAGGAUACGGUCGAAGUUAUAUAUGGUAAUUAGCAUAUUGUUCCAAUCAUGAUGCAUCUUAUACUCAAGUUUAUUUUUCUAACGGAGUAGAUGCACAUAGUGAUCAAUCAAUUUUGUAUAUUCUUCCUAGAUAAAUGGUGGAUUGUAUAUGCUGUGGUGUUUGGAGCAUUAUUCGUCAUAAUAUUCCUUCUCGUGAUUGCUUUGUGUUGUAUCGAGUGUUCUGGUGGAUCCAACAAAGAAAGGUAAUUAAAUAUAAUAUAAUAUAAUAUAAUAUUAUUUGUUAGUAAUUUCAGUAUUGAAACAUGGCCUUUCAGCAUUCUGAUGAGCUCCCCGAGCAGUAACUCUGAGGCAAUAAUUACUGCUCAGACUGCUCUGAUCAGUAAAAUCAGACGGAAGUCGAUUAUUUAUGCAAAUUAUAUUCAUAAAAUAAACACGUGUAUUAGUUGCAUUUAUAAAUAAACUUUUUCAACACUGAAAAUAUACUAAAAUAAUUGGUCACUUCAGGCUCGGUGAUUACAAGCUUGUAAUCAACCUUGCCUAAUUCGGCGUUAAAGGACAUUGGCAACCAAAAUUUUUAUUACUUAUAUCUAUUAGGUAUACUUACGGAAUAUUUAAUUUCAUAUUUUGGCCGGUUUGUCGCGUUUAGUUGCUGAGAAAAUUUGAUUGAAUUUGAGAAAAUUUGAACAGUUGUCCGCCAUUUUGAAAAUAAGCGCGUAUGCUAAUUUAUGCCACAAAAUACAUUAUCUGACGUCAUUGGCUGGGUAAACACAAUCUCAUGACUAUAAACAAUACUGUAUUACCACACGUAGUGCAUUUUGAGCCAAAACAAAAGGCAGAAAAGUUUUACCAAGUAUGUAACUUGUUUGUAACACUAUUUCUCAUAGUAUAUAUCCUACUCCGUGUUAAAUAAGCGCGGAAAUUCGAGUGUAACAAGGCAAAUACUAAUGCAAUAUUUUAUGAUCAAUUACCUGCAUUGUAAAUUGCGCCAUUUCUUGCUUUCCCAGUCGCUCGAUAUGUUUUUAUCUGAUAGUGUAGACUUCUCUUGUUUGAUUGCGAAGAGUGUUGGCCAGUAUAACGCUCAAAACGACAUAUUUUUAGCUAACAUAACACGCACGCAAUAGAAUUCUCUCUUGUAGUUUUGGUGCUACCCAGCCAAUGACGUCACAAAGUUCAUUGACCUUCGAGAUAAUUUUUCAAAAAUAUUUUCCAAGAUGGCGGCGAAACUGGCCGAAACACAAAGUUUGCAUGCAUUUUACUCGUAGACUAAAAUGUUCAAGAAGGAAAUGAUAAUAUUUUCAUAGUUCGGUUGUCAAGUAGGAUUGAAAUAGCCAAUAAAAAUUUUCGUUGCCAAUGUCCUUUAAAUAGAAUUCUUUAUCUUCUUAGUAGGACCAUAACGAUUUUAUGCAUGUAAAGAAUACCUAAUCAUACAGAGCUUUGCUGAAAAGCACAUUGGUGAUGUGGACAGUCUGUUUAGAUAAAUACUUUAUACUUAUAUUCACCAUAAAACGACAUGGAGCACUGGAAAUGGGUUAUAUCUUUAUCUAUCGUACACAAUAGGGUUAAAGUUGGACCUUCAUGUGUAUAUUUACGUUAUAUAAAACAGAAUUUCAACCAAUCACAGUCGCGUAACAUUUUUAUGUAUAUUAUCAUAUACUCUGUACCGAACUUAUUCAUUGCAAGCCGUCUAAUUACUACUAAACUCUAAAGAACGUAUUGCAGUAAACGUUAUCGUCUCGAAACUUGUCAUUUUUGCAUGUGGAGAAAAUCACGUAUAUUACUUACGAAAUAAUGUUUUCGAUCUGCGGGGUCGGAGCUAUACUGCAUGAAUCACUUCAAAUCAGUCUUCUAUAGGAUUAGUAUUUAAUUACAGUAAAGGCUCGCACAGACCGGACGCGAAUUGGCUACGCGACGCGAAUUUUCAAUUUUCAAUGACAUUUAACUUUAAUAUUUUUCUAUGUUUUUCAAAUAUUUGGAACAACUUAAGCAAUUUUAGCUAUUUGGUCUGCAUAUCUUGUGAAAUUUUUAUCCGUUGACGGUUUAAUUUUUUUUAUUAACUGAAAAUUCGCGUCGCGUUGUCGAAUCGCGUUCGGUCUGUGUGGGCCUUAAGUUAUUUGACUUGUGCACACGAAACAGAAAUGAAUCAUUUCAUAUUUUCAUUCAGUCAAUAACUUUGUUUUCAGAUACUUGGUUCACAGUCAGUACGAGUUAAGUAGUGGGCAACAUGGCUACCAUCACGACAUACGUAUAGAUGACGAAGUCGCUCCUGGAAACCCCACAAGCUACAAAAUGCAAAAUGAGUACUCGAUGGGAGAUGAGGUGAUUGCUUACAAGAGUCCACGUGAUACGAAAUCUGGCUUUUAUGAAAUCAAUCCUAUUUAUGAUGAUAACAAAGGAGGAACAAUUAGAACUGAGAAGAGUUACAGUUCCGUGACUACCAAAGGUUCUAUGAAAUCUGAGACUGAGAGUGCUUAUCAUUCUACAACCAAUGGCGAUGACUCUCCAUCGACUAGCCCUCCUGUAAGUUAAACUCUGUAAGUAUAUUACAUAAUAUUUUCAUAGAGUCAUUAUCAAGGCAAUACCAUAUAUUUAUAGUAAGAGCCCAAAAUUUUAUUCUCGACAUAUCAAGAUUAUGAAUUCGCCUCGGCGGCUCGUGGCCACUUUUUUGUUCUUCCCACAUUAUGACGUCAUACUGCGUAGAUAUAAGUGAGCAGACAACGGCAAAAUAUUAUCUAUUUGUUGAAUAUAUAUAUUUAUAUAAUAACGUUAAGAAUUCAAGCGCUUUCAUUGGUCGAGAGCCAUGAUGUAUUAUAGAGGAGAGAUGUAUUAUAGAGAGAUGUAUUAUCGUCCCACGUGACGUAACUUAAGGUAGCCAAUAGCCUGCGAACAGGCGUUUAUUCAGGUGGGCCUAGUAAUAAUAAACGCCUGCCGGCAUGCCUUAUAAUUUUGAAAGAAACUGUCAGAAACUCGAAAUCAUAAUAGUGCUCAAAAUAUCAACGAGCUCCGUGUUCUUACGCGGAACUGGCUGGAUUUCUUUUCAUUCUUGAGAUAUCCAAAUAUAUUCACGAGUCAUUUCGUUUAUCAGAAUAAACCGCAAUGAAUGAGUAAGAUUUCUGUAUCGAAAUUAGAACAUUUUAAUGUAGAACAUUAACAUUUUAAUUAGAACAUUCAUUAAAAUGUGUCCAGUCGCUGUCAAAAUAUAAAAUAUUGCCAUCUAGGCAUCUACAGACUAAUCAAUUUGCUUCACAUACAUUUCAUGCAAACACUGUCAUAUUAUUAAAAGCAAAACAUUUAUCGUUGCCAUAAACAGAAACGUAUUCGAUAUACGUUUAUUAAACGAAAACAUAAACUGAACUGAACCUGAUAAUCUCACAUGUAAUACAUCCAAAAUAUUUCUCCCAUUAAAUUGGCCCAAAACAUUAAUGUUUUUCUUGUUCGCAUUUACUCGACUAUAUUCAUCUAUAAAUCAGCACCAAUAAAUCAGAUCUCACUCCUCAGUAAUAAACGCAGACCUCUUACUUAAUGUCAAUCAUAUGUUCCCAUGUCACCUUCCAAUGUCUCCGGCAGGCGUUUAUUAUUACGAGGCUCGCCUGAAUAAACGCCUGUUCGCAGGCUAGGUAGCCAAUAUCAUGGCCUUGGCAACUCGUGAGUCACUCUUCUGUUCUUCCCACACUAUGACGUCAUAUUGUGUAUCUAUAACUGAACAGACAACGGCAAAAUCUUAUCUAUUUGUUAAAUAGAAAUCCAUAGAAAUAAAAGAUACAUACGUGUGUUGAAAUCUUACAUUUUGAGCCUUGUAUACUAAUGAUUUAUUUUUGUUUUUUAUAGCCUGAUACCAGUUUGUGAACUUCGAGGGAUUGAAAUGACUUUUGUUGCACAUUUUUAAUGAACUGCACUACAUUCUAAAACUUAUAACUUUUUUACUAAUAUUUUUGAAGAAUAGUUUUUUAUUCUAAUAUUCUUGGAAUUGCUUAUUUUUACUAAUAUUUAAAGCUCUCAACUUGUAGAGUAUGUAAUUCAUGCACAUCGCUUUGUUUUUAAUAAAUAUUUUUGCACAAAAUGACGUAUUUUG